AUGUACUCGAAUUCCAAUUCCUACCUCGGCGGCGGCGGCAACAGCUUGCGACCAGGUCAGCAGCAGUAUGGCAGCUCGUACAGCAUGGGAGCGGGCGGCCAGCAACAUCCAGGCCAGCAGCAGAGCCCGUUUACGCCUCAGCAGACUGGCUUUGGACAAGCUCCUCUGACCCAGCAAUACACUGGUUUCCCUGGCCAGCCCGGUCUGCAGCCCCAGGCGACUGGUUUCCCACAGCAGCAGCCGCAGGGGCUCCAGCCUCAAUACACUGGCUUUCCCGGACAGCAAGCACCACAGCAGCAGAGCUUCCAAACAGGAAUGCCGCCUGUCCCGCAAAUUCCGCAGCAAUUCCAGCAGCAGCAGCAGCAGCAACAACAGCCUCCUCAGAAUGCAUUCCCGUCGCCAACCCCUCAGGCCUCGGCUCAAGCCCCACCACCAAGCGCGGCGCCUCUAAUGGCUCAGCCUACAGGUUUCAGCGCCAUGGCAGCUUCGUUCAAGACAGGCGGCGGCGAUUCGCAGCCCAAGGGGCGGAGAGGCCAAACCAGCAAAGUCAACAAGAUACCAAACAUCAGGCUGUCCUUCAUCACAGCUCAAGAUCAGUCAAAGUUUGAGACUCUCUUCAAGUCCGCGAUUGGUGAGAAAGAAGUCACGAUGUCAGGCGAGAAAGCGAGAGACUUGCUUCUAAGGUCACGGCUCGACGGAGAGGCCUUGUCGCACAUCUGGACGCUUUCCGACACCACUCGCUCCGGCGAGCUUCAUUUCCCCGAGUUCGCCUUGGCCAUGUAUCUGUGCAACCUGAAACUAGUUGGAAAGACACUCCCCAGCAAUCUGCCAGAGAACAUCAAGAAUGAGGUCUCCAGCAUGGUCGACAUCAUCAGUUUCAGCGUCGCCGAAAACGCUGCCGACUCAGGCCCGUCGUCGAGCACGCCUGACUUCACGAGGCAGAGCUCUGCCCAGCCGCCGACGAUUCAACAGCCACAACCCGUGUCAUCUGCUCCCAACUCUCAGCUCCUACAGGCCCAGAUGACCGGCUUUCCAGGUCAACAAACAGGAUUUGGUGGACAACAACCUGGAAUAUCUCAAGGACUCCAAGCAAACCAAACCGGAUUCUCUGCUGGCCUUAACAAUCCCCAGCCGACAGGCUACAACGGGCCAAGACCGCCGAUGCCGCCGAUGCCUACUGGCUAUGGUGGUGGAGGCUUGACUCCCGGUGGUAUCGCACCUCUCAAUGCACAACCUACCGGCAGACCUGGUCAGUGGGGUUUGGUCAAUGCUCCUGCCUCGGGACUACCCAACAUCGAUGCCCUGCAGGCACGGAUGAUGCCGGGCCAGCAUCGCGAGCAGCAGAACUACACCACAGCAGGCUUGUCCGGCAAUGCAGUGAUCCCUUGGGCUAUUACCAAGGACGAGAAGAAGAGAUACGACGAGCUGUUCCGGGCAUGGGAUGGACUGGGCAAAGGUUACAUUGGCGGUGAUCAAGCGAUCGAAAUCAUGGGCCAAAGCGGCCUCGACAAGAACGAUCUGGAACGAAUCUGGACGUUGUCGGAUAAUGGCAAUAAAGGAAGAUUGGACCUGGACGAGUUUGCGGUGGCGAUGCAUCUCAUCUACCGCAAGCUCAACGGUUAUCCAAUUCCUAACACGCUGCCAGCUGAACUCAUUCCGCCGUCUACGAGAAACUUCAGCGCAUCACUGGACACCAUGAAGAACAUGCUCAACCAGGAGUCUGACUUCCGGAAGUCAUCAGGAGCAUCUCUCUUGCCACAAAAGACGGGUGUGAGUUAUCUCAAGAGCCACUCGUUCCGCGGUGGCGCCACCGCCGGCCCUGCCGCUGGCCGCAAGGACGCAACCGUGUUCAAAAACAAUGACGACAAUAUUGGCUACAAGUCGAGCGCCCGCAGAAGACUUGGAGGGACCAGCUCCCCACGACCCGAGUCUCCUUCGUCGGUAACGUCGAAUGACGACCUCACGCUCGAUCAGUUAAGAAAGAAGAUCAAGGAGAAGGAGGUCCUCCUUGAUGCGAUGGACUUUAGAGACGAGACAGCCGCCGAAGAAGAUGACAUCCUUGAUCGUCGUGAUAGACGUGAGGCUGAAGAGCUGUAUCGGCGCAUUCGUCGCAUUCAGGACGACAUCGACUCCCACCCGAAUGCGGCGCUCAUCAGUGGUGACUCGGACGCCGAGCGCCGAGCGCUGAAGCGUCAACUUCAGAACCUGGUAGACAAGAUUCCUCAAAUCGCGUCUCAGGUGAGGAAGACAGAAGCCGCCAUCGCAGAGGCUCGGCUAGAGCUCUUCCGCCUCAGAGACGCCAAGGCCAACCCCAACAGUGCAUCUGCUAUUGUCGGGACAGGCCCUGGAGGUUCUGUAACGGAGGCUGAUCGGCUGAAGGCACGAGCGAAGGCCAUGAUGCAACAGCGAACUGCUGCUCUCACCGGCAAGAAGGUCGAUAUCGCUGGUGAGAACGAUUCUGGCGCAAAGCGUCUGGAAGAAGAGAAUCUCAAGAUCAGGACUGAGAAGGAGAACAACGAACGUAUGGUUCGUGAUGUUGAGGACAGUGUGAACGAAUUUUCCCGUGGCAUUGAGGACAGCCUCAAGGAAGGCAGCUCAAGUGCCUCCAACGAGCACGAGCGCCGUCGCUGGGAGGACGCGCUUGGUGUUGAAGACGAAGUCCGAGACUUUAUCUUUGAGCUGCAGCGCUCUAGCCGUGCUGCGCGAGUACGGAACCAGGAUCGGGGAGGAGGUCGUGCUAGUACCGCAGCGCCCGUACGAGCUGAAGAGCCGCCUGCGCGGACCGACAGCCCGGCGGUUGCAUCGCAGACAGCGACGCCCACGAGCACGAGAUCGCCAGCUCCUGGGGGUUCCUAUUCUGCUUACAAAACCCCCGAGGAGCGAGCCGCGUUCAUCAAGCAACAGGCCGAGCAGCGCAUGGCUGAGCGCUUAGCUGCGCUCGGCAUCAAAGCACCCACAAAGUCUGGCGAAACGCCUGCUCAACGUGCUGAAAGAGAACAAGCCGAACGUGCGGCUAAGCUCCGCCAGGCCGAGGAAGAGGAUGCAAGGCGUGAAGCUGAGCGGCAGGCCCGCAUCGCGGAGGAGCAAGGUGUUCCGCCUCCAGCAGCCAAGCAGGAAACCCAGAAAAAAGCACCACCUGCACCUGCUCCUCGCAAGACGGCCCGUCCAGAUGAAUCCAGCCGGCAAGCUGAGGAGGAGCGCAUUGCUCGUGAACAACAGGCUCAACACAUGGCCACGCAACAACUUGAGGAGUCUGCCAAGCAACAAGAGGACGAACUUGACCACGAGCGAGACGCGGCAUCGGCACGACUCAAGGCUCUCGAGGAGCAAGUUCGCCAGGGCAAGCUCAAGAAACAGGAGGAGAAGCAAAAGAAAAAGGCAGCUAUGGCUGAAGCCAAGGAGAAGGAGGCAAAGCUGGCAGCACAGAGGGCAGAGAUUGAAGCCGCUCGUCAGCGCGAGCUCGAACUGCAGCGGCAGCUUGAAGCACUGGACGAUGACUCGUCUUCUGAUGAUGAGGGCCCGGAGCAGAUCACACCCCAGGCAUCCACAACCAAUGGCGGUAGCCAGCUGGGCAGUCAGGAUCUCAAGCGCGAGUCCUCACCACCUCCUGCAGCUGCGCCGACUAUCGUGACAAGUCCUCCUGCGGCUGACAGCGAGAGCCGUAACCCUUACUUCCGGAUGAUGUCGCAAACGUCUGACGCAUCUGCGCCCGCAUCGGGCACCUCGCCUGCUACUGCCAGUGGUCCCGGCGCGCCCCAGCAAGGCGAUGCUUCUACGAAUCCAUUCCAUCGCAUGACCAAGGAGACGAAGCCGGCUGCCCCGAUCAUUCCACAACCUACAGGUCCAAUCUCCCGCAAGCGUCCCGACACUGAUGACGAGUGGGGCGCGAGCGACGACGAUGAUGAAGACGACUCGGAUGAUGACCGCCCUGCCCCAGGCGCUGCACACCUGGCCUCUCUGUUGUUUGGGUCGAUGGGACCGCCACGACCCCUUUCUGCAGCUGAUAACAAGUCAGCUGCCGGGUCUCCCGCCGUCACCUCUCCACCGUUCAGCCCGCCGCCUCCACCGGCUGCAUCCAGCCCACCUGCGGCCGAGUCAGCCACUGGAGCGCCGGCUGCACCACCGCCGCCGCCCCCACCCAUGCCUAGUUCCAGCCCAGCAGCACCACCUCCGCCUCCGCCGCCGAUGCCAGAGUCUGGAGCUCCCGCUGCACCUCCGCCCCCGCCGCCCCCGGCUCCAGGUAUGGCACCAGGUAUGGCACCGCCCGCACCACCCCCGCCGCCUCCUGGUGGUGCUCCUGCAGCGCCGUCGUCUGGUGGUGGAAGACCAUCUGGCUUCUUGGGCGAGAUCCAGGCUGGCAGAGCGCUGAAGAAGACACGAACAAAGGAUCGUAGCACUGCAAGCACGGCUGGUAGAGUCCUGGACUAG